CGUGAAGGGUCUCAUAUGUUUUACUGGCUGUUUUACACCACGGCCAGUGUGACAAAUUACACGGAGAGGCCUCUUUUAGUAUGGUUACAAGGCGGCCCUGGACGAUCAUCUACUGGAGAAGGGAAUUUCGAUGUAAUCGGACCACUUGACCUAUCACUGCAAAAGAGAGACUACACCUGGGUAAAUAAUUUCAAUGUAUUAUUUGUGGACAGUCCAGUAGGCACUGGCUUCAGUUAUGUUGAAGAUUUAAAAUAUUUAACAGAAACUAACGACGAAAUAGCUUUAGACUUCGUGGAGCUGAUGAAAGGAUUUUAUCGGAGUAACCCAGAAUUUGAAAGAGUCCCGCUUUACAUAUUCGGACAGUCGUAUGGGGGGAAAAUGGCCAUCGACAUAGGUAUUAGGAUGAGUGAGGCUGAAAGAGCGGGUACAAUCAAAUCAAAUCUGCUUGGAGUCGCUAUGGGAAAUGCUUUGAUACAUCCAGUAGACGCCAUCCUUAGCUGGGGCCCGAUGCUUCUAGCAGCCGGCCUUGUAGACCAAGAAGGAUACGAACACAUACAGGAAUCAGCUAGAGAAGCUGAAAGGUUGUUUAAUGCAGGAUUUUACGUGAACUCUACGAUGCAGUGGUCACAAACUCAACAGGCUGUGUUUAGAAGAACAACCAGGGUUGAUUUUUACAAUAUCUUCAAUAAAAUUGAAGUCUUCUCACCUUAUAGUUUAAGUGCUUAUGAAAUUGCAAGGGACACGAUGAUCCGAGACAUGCCCUACACAUCAACAAGACAACAGUUAAACCUUACUACUCUUAUGAACACCAAAGUUAAAGAAGCUCUACGAAUUCCGGAAAAGGUGGUUUGGGAAUCUCAAAGAAGCGAUGUAUAUGACAAACUUCGGGCUGACUUUAUGAAGCCUGUUACCGAAAGAAUUGAGAAACUUUUGAACGAAACUAAUAUAAUCGUAAUGAAGUGCAACGGCAAUCUUGACAUCAUAUGCAAUACUCCUGGACAACUUGCCUGGGUAGAUCGUCUUAAGUGGUCUGGCGCGGAAGAAUACAGAAACACGGAACGUCGACCCAUCUGGGAAAACAACCGACUCGAAGGAUACUACAAGUCUUUUAGAAACUUUAGGUUCUUCUGGAUCAAUGCAGCUGGACAUGUUGUAGCGAGUGACAAUCCCGCGGGAGCCAACGCCUUCCUACGUGAUAUGACUUCAUUUGGAUAA